UGAAAAGGAAAAAUGAGUGGUUCUGAAGAAGAAGAAGAAGAAGAAGAGAUUUUUAGAUCCUCCAGUGAUUCAGAGCCUGAACAGAAAUCUGAACCAGAAUCAGAACCAGAGAAUCCAGAGGAUCCUAUUUAUGCUUUAGCUCCAACAAUUAAUAUUCAAGAUGAAAGUUCAGUUGAUGUGCAUUCAUGUUCCGCAUUUCAGUGUCUUGAUGAGUUGUUUUAUGCGGGAAAUAUCCCUGGAACCAGAGUAGCUGAACUGAAAGCAAAGUAUACCCUCCUACAUGACACUUUAAUAAGUUUGCAGGAAUCAGAGAUUCAGCUGUUACAGGAUGCCAAACGUUUCACUGUUGAACUAGAACAGCAGCAGCAGGAAAUAGAAAAAGCUGAACAGUUUCCAGAGGACGCCACUUCAGAGGUGUCCAAACUGAGACAGCAGUACCUGAGAUACCAGAAUGAAUACAGAGCUAUUCAAGAGAGAGAGUUUGAAAUUCAGUACAAGUUGAACAGUUUACUAGAAGAGAAGAAACUCGUUGAAAAGGAAUACCAUAGAAUCCCCAAAGCCUCUGAUUCAGAUAAGAGAAUGAAGGCCCUAAGAGAAAGUUGUGAAGUGCUCCGUAAAGAAAUCGGACAAAGAAGGCAAGAAAUCAGAGCACUGAAAGAGGCUAUGUCAUCAAGACAAAAACAUCUCACAAAGGAACAGAAGGAAAUUAAUGAACUUCUUCGGAAGCAAGAAGAAAUUAGAGAUGAGUUAGUCCGUGUCCAAUCAAUUCCUAUUCAGCUUGGAAAAGAUAUGGAGAAAAUACACCGCAGAAUGCAAGAGGUAGAGAAAAAGAAACUGGUGGAGCAGGAAGAAGCACAAGAAGUACAGGAGACCCUCAAAAAAGUACUGGCCAAAAAUGAUGAAAUAAAUGAAGAGAAGGAAAAUGUGAUGAAGGAGCUAGAUGGGAAGAAAGCUUUGUUGGAGAGCAAAGAAAGGGAAUUCUUUGCCCUUACAAAAAUGCAUGAGAUGAACAAGGAGAAUGAAGGAAGUGCCAUAGCAGAGAGAGGUAUUUUAGAAAUGGGUUUCCGCAACUGUGCCAUAACAAAGCAAAAACUUCAAGAUACUUUGAGUCGGAUGCAAAGAGAGAAAGAACGAGACCUUAGAAACUUUAAAAAGAUGGAGAUGCAGUUGAAAAUAACCCAAGAUAGUUUGGAUCAAGUUAAAGCACAUCAUGAAAGAAUGCAAUUAGAGGUAGAUGCUGUUCCUAAAGAUGAUGGAACACUGUUAGAAAGGCGAAGGGAGCUUCAAAGAGAAGUUGAAAUCAGUAAGAGAAAUCUGACCCAGGAAAAAACAUCAACAGAUGUUGAAGGACGGAUGCUUGAGCAGUGCCUUGCUGAAGAAGACCAGCUUUUUAAGGCACAGGAACAUUACAGAGAUGAAUUAGCCAACUUGAUACGUAUGAUUCAGGUCAAAGCUGAUGAGCGGGAACAAAAAUCCAAAGAUUGCUUAAAAGCCCAGAUACGGCUGAAUAACAUAGUUGCGGAAAUAAAAACAAAAGACUUUGAAAUAAGGGAACAUAAGAAGAAGCAAAGAGAAAUUCAGAGACAGAUGAAAGAAUUUGCUAAACUAUAUGAUAUUGUAAGACAUGAGAGAAACAAGCUGGUAAAUCUGGUGCAUUGUGCCCGCCAAAAAACAAAUGAAAUUAAGGAGAAAGUCAAAAUGCUGGAUAAUGAGAUGGAAAUCUUGCGGCACAAUUUUGCAGUUAAGGAAAGAAAAUUACAAAAAUACCAGCUAAAGCUUUCCAAUAAUAUCGCAAUCAAAGACAGCAUCCAGUGUGAUGUCAGCAAGGCACAUCAAACACUCCAGGAGAUGAAAGAAAAACGAGAGCAGCAGCUGAUGGAUGUUGAAAGACUCACCAACAUGCUCACCCAGAUAGAGGAAGAAAUGGUUCAGCUACGAAAAAAAUAUGAAAGGGCUGUUCAGCGUCGAAACGAGAGUGGCGUUCAGCUCAUUGAGCGUGAAGAAGAAGUGUGUAUUUUUUAUGAAAAAAUAAAUAUCCAAGAGAUGAUGAGCCGGAAUGGUGAUAUUGAGAUUAAUGUGAUGGAUGAAAAAAUCCGCUUCUUGAAGCUGAAGCUGACCGAGAAAAAAAGGCAUAUUGAGUUAUUAUUGAGAACAUUGCCCAUGAAAAGAGGUUUAGAUGCUGAUUUAGUAGUCCUUCAGAUUCAAUUUUCACAGUGCAAGGACAAAAUUAAAAGCUUUGAGAAACAAUUUAUAGACCCUAAUGGACCAAACAGAACAAGAGCACUCCCAGGAAAGGACCCCUCUCAACAAGAGCUGUUCAAAAAGAUAGAGGAGUUAGAAAUACAGCUGGUGAAGAAGGAAGAGAAAUUACUUGAGAAAGACUUUAUUUAUGAACAGGUUUCCCGGCUGACAGAGAAAAUAAAAACUAAAGCAGAAAACAGCAAACAGGAUACAUUAAUACUGGCAAAAAAGAUGAAUGGAUUACAAGAGAAAAUAAAAAGCACCACCCAAAAGAUGAUGGCGCUUAUUGCAGAGCUGUCUAUGAAUCAGGCCAAUGCCAUUAAACUGCAACAAGAAAUGAGAGACAAAGAGCAGUUUGUAAUGUACAUCAGCUCCAGGCUACAGAAAGGUCUUCCGCCUCCUAAGGAAGUAGAGAUUGAAUGGUUAAAAGUGCUACGUGAUGAAGAAGUACAUAAAGCAGCAACCGAAGCCAAGGCAAAACGUGCUGCAGAAGAGGCGCAAUCUGCCUUGCCAACUAGUAUAUAUACCACUGCUGAACAACGCCCCAAUGCCUACAUCCCAGAUGAAGAGAAUGUUCUCCCACUGCCGCGACCCUAUGGAGCACUGGCUCCUUUUAAACCAGGCGAGCCUAGUGCAAACAUGAGGCACAUAAGAAAGCCAGUUGUAAAGCCCAUUGAAAUCUAAAAGGUGGCACAUGCAGUUGUUGAAGAAUACCAAUUGUCCAAGGUCAGCUUUAAUGUUCUAAAUCAGUGAUAUAAUUCACUGAUUUUAAUGAAUCUGGAUUAUAAUUGGGUCAUCUAAUAGAUCAAGUAGUCGUGUUGCCACCAGAAUACCACAUCCGCAUCCCCAGUUUCACUAAUGAAAUGAGAGACAUUUUAAAUUAGUGAUUGUUCAACUGUGUCUCUUAAAUGACUAAAGAGUCGUGCACAUUUUUAAUACAUUUUUGUGCCACACACAGAAAAUUGGGAAAAUGAUUAAAAAUAGUACAAUCCUUUUUCCUUAAGAUCCAAGCAUCUGAGGUGAUAUUUUGAAAUGUCAGGCAGUAAUAAGUAGUCCAAGUGGCACAUUGGUUUUAUCUUUCAUACUUUAUGCAGUCAUUUAUUCACAUUAUAAAUCCACAGCUCCUUGCCAUACAGAUGUGAGAACUUCUUUUACUGUAAAAAUAAAAUGAACUACGAAGUAAAAUGAAGUUGUAUUUCCUUAACUUAGCAAUUACAUUCCUUCUGGGUGACACAUGAAAAUGUUUGUGUAUCCUCUUUUCUGCCCAUCACUCAUCUCUGGCAGUCCAAGUUCCCAGUGCAAUCAUAUCAGGAUACCUUUACAAAGUUACUCUGGAUUAUUUCAUUUUCCUUCCCCCCCCUUCCUGAGCCUCAGGAACAUCAAGAGAUGAAUUCCUACACUGGGGCGAGGCAUAGCUUAGUUCACGGGAAAGUGGCAGGCACUACUCUAUAGCCUAGUUCUUGAAAUGAGGGAAGGAGGCAAGGGGCUUUUUCUGUGCUGGAGAAAACACUGUAGACCCAAUGAAAUGGGUGUUCAUUUUCCUUUAGUUUUUCCUCUCAGGUUUGCAGAAACAAAAAAUAUUUUUCCCCGUGCAUAUAACCCACAGAAAUAGCAAGUAACUACGGACUGAUGCAAGCUGACUAAGCAGCAUAAUUGAGUUCAAGGAAUCUCAUUCCCAGAUACAUGUACUUAGUCCAUUGAACCGUAAUGGAAACAAAAAGACUAAUGGAAACAAAAAAGAUCCGUAUCCAGAUUAUGGGUGUCACUCAAACAUGAAAUCCAGAUAGCUCUCUUGAUAGCACUGUAGUCAGCUGU